GGGGUGAGGGCGGCCUCACCAAUGACGGGCUGGAUUGCGUGAGGCGAAGGGUCGUGAUUGGACAUCGGCAGCGGGCGACCCUGGGCUCCGCUACCUGUUGCUAAGGGCCCUGUAGAUCAGCUCUGCUGCGCGCGAGGAAGGCUCGUCUCGCGAGAGCUCAGCUCCCUUCUUGGCCACAGCCGCCGCAGCUCGAGGACCGACAUGGAGGCUCACGAGGACUACAUUUGGCCGCGGGCAACUUCGGAGCUCAUACUCCUCCCGGUCACGGGUCUGGAGUGUGUGGGGGAUCGGCUGUUGGCGGGUGAGGGCCCGGAUGUCAUGGUGUACAGCCUCGAUUUUGGUGGCCAUCUGCGGAUGAUGAAGCGCGUCCAGAACCUGCUUGGCCACUAUCUUAUCCAUGGGUUCCGGGUGCGACCAGAACCAAAUGGAGACCUUGACUCAGAGGCUAUGGUGGCUGUGUUUGGGAGCAAGGGACUUCGAGUUGUGAAACUUAGCUGGGGACAGGGCCGAUUUCGGGAGCUCUGGCGCUCUGGACUGUGGAACAUGUCUGACUGGAUCUGGGAUGCACGCUGGCUUGAGGGGAACAUGGCCUUGGCCCUGGGCCAUAACUCAGUAGUACUAUACGACCCUGUGGUAGGGUGCAUACUACAGGAGGUACCCUGCACAGACAGGUGCACCCUCUCCUCAGCCUGUCUGAUCGGAGAUACCUGGAAGGAGCUGACCAUAGUGGCAGGUGCUGUUUCCAAUCAGCUCCUUGUCUGGUACCCAGCAGCUGCUUUAAUAGAUAAUAAGCCUGUGGCUCCUGACCGACGGGUCAGUGGGCAUGUGGGUGUCAUCUUCAGCAUGUCGUACCUGGAAAGUAAGGGCUUGUUGGCCACAGCUUCAGAAGACCGAAGUGUCCGCAUCUGGAAGGUGGGUGACCUGCGGGUGCCUGGGGGUCGGGUACAGAAUAUUGGGCACUGCUUUGGGCACAGUGCCCGUGUGUGGCAGGUCAAGCUCCUAGAGAAUUACCUUAUCAGUGCUGGAGAGGACUGUGUCUGCUUGGUAUGGAGCCACGAAGGUGAGAUCCUUCAGGCCUUUCGGGGCCACCAGGGUCGUGGCAUCCGGGCUUUAGCUGCCCAUGAGAGGCAGGCCUGGGUGGUCACUGGGGGCGAUGACUCAGGCAUCCGGCUGUGGCACCUGGUAGGGCGUGGGUACCCGGGUUCGGGGGUCUCGGCUCUCUGCUUCAAGUCCAAUAGUAGGCCAGGUACCCUCAAGGCUGUGACGCUGGCUGGCUCAUGGCGACUACUGGCAGUGACUGAUACAGGGGUCCUGUACCUCUAUGACUUUGAGGUCAAGUGCUGGGAGCAGCUGCUGGAGGAUAAGCGCUUCCAGUCCUACUGCCUCCUGGAGGCAGCCCCUGGUCCUGAGGGUUUUGGAUUGUGUGCCAUGGCCAAUGGAGAGGGUCGUGUCAAGGUUGUCCCCAUCAACACUCCAACUGCAGCCGUGGACCUGACCCUGUUCAACGGGAAAGUGCAUAGUCUGAGCUGGGCCUUGCGUGGCUACGAGGAGCUCCUGUUGCUGGCAUCGGGCCCUGGUGGUGUGAUGGCUUGCCUGGAAAUCUCAGCUGCGCCCUCCGGCAAAGCCAUCUUUGUAAAGGAACGUUGCCGGUACCUGCUGCCUCCAAGCAAGCAGAGAUGGCACACGUGCAGUGCCUUCUUACCCUCUGGUGACUUCCUGGUAUGCGGGGACCUCCGGGGCUCUGUGUUGCUGUACCCCUCCAGGCCAGCUCUGCUCAAGGAUCUUGGUACUGGGGGCAAGGCCGGAGCUGUCACUGGAGCACUUGAAGCAGGUAGUGGCAGUGGUGGGGAUGAAACUGAGUGGGGCCCUGUGUCCACCCUCCCUUCUCUGCAUGGGAAGCAGGGUGUUACCUCGGUCACCUGCCAUGGUGGCUACAUAUAUACCACAGGGCGUGAUGGCGCCUAUUACCAGCUCUUUGUGCGAGGCGGCCAACUCCAGCCAGUCCUAAGGCAGAAGUCCUGUCGAGGCAUGAACUGGGUGGCUGGGCUCCGGAUGAUGGCUGAUGGGAGUAUGGUCAUCUUGGGUUUCCAUGCCAAUGAGUUUGUGGUGUGGAGUCCCCGGUCCCAUGAAAAGCUGCACAUCGUCAACUGUGGUGGAGGGCACCGCUCCUGGGCCUUCUCUGAUACCGAGGCAGCUAUGGCCUUUGCCUACCUCAAGGAUGGAGAUGUCAUGGUGUACCGGGCACUGGGUGGCUGUACCAGGCCACACGUGAUUCUCCGGGAGAGCCUGCAUGGCCGUGAGAUCACUUGUGUAAAGCGUGUGGGCACCAUCACUCUGGGGCCUGAAUUUGAGAUGCCCAGCUUCAUGCAGCCUGACCACCUGGAGCCUGGCAGCGAAGGUCCUGGCCUGACUGACAUUGUUAUCACAUGCAGCGAGGACACCACUGUUUGUGUCCUGGCACUCCCCACAGCCAGUGGCUCAGCUCACCCACUUACAGCGGUUUGUAAUCACAUCUCCUCGGUGCGUGCUCUGGCUGUGUGGGGCGUUGGUACCCCAGGUGGCCCUCAGGAUCCUCGGCCAGGCCUGACCGCUCAUGUGGUGUCUGCGGGGGGCCGGGCUGAGAUGCAUUGCUUCAGCAUCCUGGUCACCCCAGACCCCAGCACCCCAAGCCGCCUCGCCUGCCACGUCAUGCACCUUUCGUCACACCGGCUAGAUGAGUACUGGGACCGGCAGCGCAAUCGGCACCGGAUGAUCAAGGUGGAUCCAGAGACCAGGUAUAUGUCCCUUACUGUGUGUGAGCUUGACAAGCCUGGCCUUGGCCCCCUUGUGGCUGCAGCCUGCAGUGAUGGAGCAGUGAGGCUCUUUCUUUUGCAGGACUCGGGGCGGCGGCUGCAGCUCCUGGCUGAAACCUUCCACCACAAGCGGUGUGUCCUUAAGAUCCACUCUUUUACACAUGAGGCACCCAACCAGCGGCGGAGGUUGUUCCUGUGCAGUGCAGCCACUGAUGGUAGUCUGGCCUUCUGGGAUCUCACUACCGUGCUGGACCACGGAUCCACUGCCCUGGAGCCUCCAACGGACCCUGGGCUUCCCUACCGACUGGGCACCCCCUGCCUGACCCUCCAGGCUCAUAGCUGUGGUGUCAACAGCUUGCACACCUUGCCCACACGUGAGGGCCAUCUCGUGGCUAGUGGCAGUGAGGAUGGCUCCCUCCAUGUCUUUGUGCUGGCUGUGGAGGCACCAGAGCUGGAAGAGGCUGUAGGGGGUGCUGAGUUGGUGCCCCAGUUACAUGUGCUAGAGGAAUACUCUGUCCCCUGUGCACAUGCUGCCCAUGUGACAGGCCUCAAGAUCCUAAGCCCAAGCCUUAUGGUCUCAGCCUCCAUUGACCAACGGCUAACCUUUUGGCGUCUGGGGCAUGGUGAGCCCAUCUUCAUGAACAGCACCGUGUACCAUGUCCCAGAUGUGGCCGACAUGGACUGCUGGCCUGUAAGCCCUGAGUUUGGCCACCGCUGUGCUCUUGGAGGCCAGGGGCUUGAGGUUUACAACUGGUAUGACUGAGGUGUCCUGCGGUGGCCAGCAUGCUAGGUAUGGGGCCUGCUUGCAGACAGAAUGGAACGGGAGUGAGUGACUGUGCCCAUGCCCAGUGUGCCUUGAGGGGAGGAGGCGGCAGCCGCAGGUUCCUAACGUCAGAGCAGCUGGUGGUGAGUAGGGUGCCGUCUGGGCAGACCAAAAAUACGCCCUACUGUGUAUUACGGGACCAGGCUUUGUAGCAGAAGUAGUUUAUUUUUGGCUCCAGGUCCCUAACAAAAUCUGUGUAUCUUUUCCCCCCAGGUAAUGACUUUGUAAACAUUCCUAGAUAUUGGAGUCUCUGUGGCCUUAGAUAUAGUUCAGUGGAGGGAGGCCCAGCGUGGCUAGGCCGGUGUGAAGCACUUCACGCACGGCCUGCAGAAGCUGGAGACGGGCAAACAUUUGACCAAACAGGUGUGGUCGGGGCUCCUGGGGAGAGAAGGGGCCUGCUGGUCUCAUCCUUUGCUUCCCUUGCACCCUUGCAACCCCUCCACCCCCUUUUGCUGUGCACUUACUCCUAGGAUGUGUAUGCGGUUAUAGUAGGAGCUGAAAUCCAUGCUGAGCUGCACCAGGAACUUGCACAUCUAGAGACAGAGACUGAGUCACUGACUGGUCUCUUUGAUUUUGUGCCCUACCCCCAAAUAAAGCAUUGAGUGUGUGGUGUC